CGAGGUUUGGUUGAGCCGGGCUGCAGCACCAGCGGACCAGGAGGGGCAGGUGAAGCCGAGCGGCGGCGGCUGGAGGAGCGCUGGAUUUCGGAAUCCUUACAUUUCAUGUUUCGUCUCGUACAUUUGGAGCUCAAGCAACAUUGAACCCUUCUGGUUGAGCUUUUGGAUACGCCGGACCGCGCUUAUUUCCAUCUGCUGACCAGGAGGAGGCUAAGCCAUGAAUAAGCUACGGCAGAGCUUCCGCCGCAAGAAAGAAAUGUACGUGCCCGAGUCCAGCAGACCGCACCAGUGGCAGACGGAUGAGGAGGCAGUGCGCAGCGGCAAGUGCAGCUUCCCAGUCAAGUAUCUGGGCCAUGUGGAGGUGGAUGAGUCUCGUGGCAUGCACAUCUGCGAAGAUGCAGUGAAGAGGCUGAAGACGGACAGAAAGUUCUUCAAGGGCUUCUUUACAAAAGCGGGAAAGAAGGCAGUCAGGGCUGUGUUGUGGGUAUCAGCUGAUGGCCUCAGGGUCGUAGAUGACAAAACAAAGGAUUUGAUUCUGGAUCAGACGAUAGAGAAGGUGUCAUUCUGUGCUCCUGACCGGAACUUUGAACGAGCGUUCUCCUACAUCUGCAGAGAUGGCACUACCCGUCGCUGGAUCUGCCACUGCUUCAUGGCCAUUAAAGAUUCAGGAGAACGCCUGAGCCAUGCAGUAGGGUGUGCAUUUGCAGUGUGUCUGGAGCGAAAGCAGAAGAGAGAGAAAGAGUGUGGGGUCACGGCCACUUUUGACGCCAACCGUACCACGUUCACACGCGAAGGCUCCUUCCGUGUUACCACGGCAACAGAACAGGCUGAGCGAGAGGAGGUCAUGCGGCAAUUACAGGAUGCCAAGAAAGAAUCAGAAACGGUCACAGGGAGCACAGGCGGCAGCGUAGCGAAUCCAGUCGCAACCUCCUCUCCUUCUUCUUCCCCACCCCUGCCUAUGGCCUCUCAGGAAGCCAAUCCCCAUGCCAUCCCGCGCCGCCAUGCCCCUGUGGAGGCACUGGCACGCCAAGGCUCCUUCCGCGGCUUUCCAGCGCUGAGCCAGAAGACCUCGCCCUUCAAGCGACAGAUGUCACUCCGCAUGAACGACUUGCCCUCCACCAUGCAGCGCAAGUCUGACUUCCCCAUCAAAAAUACAGUGCCAGAGGUAGAAGGUGAAGGGGACAGCAUCAGUUCCCUCUGCACUCAAAUCACAUCUGCCUUCAGCGGCCCCCCUGAGGACCCGUUCUCUUCAGCACCCAUGCCCAAACCCGCCUCUUCCCCACAAUCACCAGCUGCACCAGUAAAUGGCUCAGCUUCUGCCUUCCCUGCUCCUGCUGUCACUGUCACUGCUGCUGCUGCUGCUGCUGCUGCUGCUGCUAACCCCCCGACCUUGCCACCCCCAUUACCAGCCAGAGACACUAACCCCUGGGCCAAGAACCCUGCUGCACCCCCUGCUCCUGCACAUCCAGGGGGUGACUGGCCCAGUCCUACACCUGCAGUGGUGGCUCCUACUGCAGCGAUUGCACCUCUCACCGUCCCCACAGCCUCUCAUAAGCGCACGCCGUCUGAGGCUGACCGCUGGCUAGAGGAGGUGUCCAAGUCUGUACGAGCCCAGCAGCCUGGGGCCAGGACCACUACUCCUCCCACCCAGCAGCCCUUCUCCGCACCCAUGCCUGUCCCUGUAGCUUCUGCUGCCCCUGUAGCCUUCAUGCCCCCCAUGCCCUCAACUGUGCCCAGUCUGCCCCCACACCAGCCUGCCUUUCACGCCCAGACACCAGCCUCGUAUCCAAUGGCCAACGGGCUCCCCUACGCCCAGCCAAGUGUACCCGUGGUCGGCAUCACCCCUUCUCAAAUGGUGGCCAACGUCUUUGGUUCGGCUUCGCAGACCCAGCCAGUGCCAGUGCCUGUGCCUGCACCUGUUCCCCAAACCCACACACUACAGCCCUCGCCUUUCUCUACUCCACCUCUGGCGCAACUGGAUGCCCGAGGUGUGGGAAGCCCAUUUGGCAAACCCCCCUUGCCUCCAGUGGCAAAUCCAACAGUGUUUCAGCCACCCAAUGGUAACGCUACGUUCAAUGGCGCAGACAGCUGGCCGGCUGCCUCCUCCUCAGCCCCUCCUCUGCCAGCACAGCACCAGGCUGAUGCCUUUGAGGCUCAGUGGGCAGCCUUGGAGAGCCGUUCAAGGCAACGCACCACCCCUUCACCCACAAACCCCUUUUCAAGUGAGCUCCAAAAGACCUUUGAGAUCCAACUGUAAAAAAAUACAUACUCUGGGGUACGUGAGAGUCAAGAAGCUGGCGUAGACAUAUGAAGGAGAAAAUGGAUAGAGGGUGUGUGGGGAGGGAUUAAGAGACGGGACCCCUUUGACACUCAUACCACUUCAGCUGAAUAUUUGUCUCAUUCCCUUGCUGUCUGUCAGUCUGUGUCAAGUGUUAAGUGUGAGCUGACAAGGAGGAAUUCAGAGGCCAGCAGUAAACGUGGGGAGAAGUCAGUGAUGCGCAGGUUCUUUUUUCAUUCUGUCUGGUGCAACUGUGUCCGUGUUGGAGAUGGAACUGGAUCAAGAGCUGACAAUGCCUCUUGACCUUUAAAAGGAAAAAAAAAUGCAGCCUGAUUUGGAAAUGGACCCUUGCAGCUAUACAUUCUUGAUUUCUUAAUCCUGCCUCCGUGCCCUUAUCUCCCCAUAGUCCAGCUCACAGCACCCUGCCCCCCGCCCCCACCCCCCACCCCAAACGUGGGGAAGAACGACUGCUCCUUCAAUCAGAAGGUCAGAGGCACUGAGUGAAGAACUGAGCUUCCAGAUUUGAGAAGUUUUCAUAAAACUUCCUAAUCAGAAGAAGAAAUGAAAGAAUGCCAAAAUCUUUAUUUUUAUGCAUUAAGUAUAUUUUAAAUAGCUUUGGAAUAUAACAGAAAAGUUGUAAGUAAUCUUGCCAAAGGUGCAGGCUAGCUACAGUGGAAAUGAUUUUGUGUGUAUACAGGAAAUGAACAUAUAUAGAUAUAUCUAUAGAAAUUUAAAUAUAUAUUCAUUAUUAUACACAUUGAGGUUUUAACUUGUAUGUGCUAUAUAAAGAGAGACUGAGAGUGAAGGCAGUUUUUGUUUUGGUUUUUUUUAAAUUGCUGUGCAUCACAUCCCAUUUUGAAUCCCUCUGUAAAUAACAAAUCACUGCAACUACAAUCAUCUUGGACUGGGAGAUCCAUCAGUGCUCUCAUUCUUUAUCUCUGGCAUUUUAUUUUGUUAUUUUGUACCAUAGUGCUCAGUAUUUUGAUUUUUUUUUUCCACUGUCUAUAUAAUUGAAUGUUUUUAGGGUUUUGGGGGGCUUUUAAAAUUAAUUUCAACACUAUUGACAAUGUCCUCUCCAGCCAAUCGUUUUGAAGUUAUCUCUGCAUAUUGCACAAGCACUAUUCUAGUUGAUUUGGCCAUUUGGUUGAGGAGGCUCACCUUGUGCCAUUAGUGAGCCAUAAUACCACCAAACAGCUGAGAUGAUACAACCUGUGGUUUUAAACUGGUUGCAUUUAGGAGAUGUCAAAAGGUUAUUGGAAUGUCUUCUUUUUAUCAAACCUGUGGAGAUCUUUUGUUCUGUUUUAGCUUUUUUUUUUUUUUUUAAUUAUUUGUUUGUUUGUUUGUUUUUCUCCUCAUUUUGUAAGUAUUUCAUUAUUUUAUUCCACUUCUUUCCAGAAAAAAGUACAUCUAAAAGAUUGAAUAAAAUGAUGGUGGUGGAGGACAACAGUUAAA